AUGCAUAACAUGCUCAGCGCUCGCGCGCAGUUGGCGCUCGCUCGCUUUAUCUGGCUUUAACGUACGACACAAUUUGGAUAAGCAUAGCGCAGAAUCAUAGCAGCGCGCGAAAUUCCGUGCCAAUAUACCGUACGUUGCGAUUGAGUUCAGUUACUAUGUGCGCUAGAGAUGGCUCCGCUUGUUUUAGUUGGUGUCCUAGCAACGUGCAUCGACAUGCCGUGUUGUUUUGUUUACAUGUACUGUGUGUUGCCUCAGCUAGCUCAUAAUUGUCAGUGACAGCUCGACAGCAUCAUUCGAUGUUCGGCCCUAGCCCUGCUACAUACUGAGCCUGGACAACACAACCAGACGCCAUUUUCAAUUGUUUAUCAGUGGACCAGAAAUCAUAAAUUUAUUAACAGUGAUUAAUAAUAUUAAGGGCAGUGUGAAACUGAAAUAUUCCUCAAUUCAAAAUGGAGCGAGCUGGAACUGACACUCAUCAUCAUGACCAUUCCCGUCAUCAUCAUGAACAGAUGGAUACAGACAGGACAGGACGUGAUCAGGUACUUGCCACAACUACUCUUGAGAAGACAAGUGGAGCCAAAACAUCAGACUUCUAUAGAACAGAAAAACUUCCACACAGAUUUGAAAAUCCUGAGGUAUUUGAAGGAUAUAAUCACAAACCCCAGAACCUUCUUUAUCGUACUACAAGCAUGGGAUAUGGCAGUAUACCUCCCACUGUUGACACAGUACCCACUUGUUUCCGUGCACGUACUAAUAAAUUCUCAGAGCAUCUAGGUAAAUGUGGCAUGUACCGCAAUGAAGGAUUGAAUACAAGCAUGGAAUCAAGCGGAGUGUGAUGAUCAACUGAAUAUUCCAGCUUGUCGAUAGCAACAUUCUGACAUUGAAAUGAAUCUUAACUCAGCCAAAGUAGAAAGGACAAUGCUACAAGGUUAUCUUUGUGAACUCAACAAAAAUGAAGUGUCAUUUUUUUCUCCAUAAUUUGUGAAUCAAAUAUUCAGCAAGGUCCAUGGUUCAACCCUUCUUCAAGAUGAAUUUGAUAAUUCAUGUGCUGUAGAAGAUUACAAGUUGUAUGCAAUAUGCUAUGUACAUAUCUUGUAAAUAGAGAAAAGAUGUUCUACUGUACUCUUCUGCAAAGUGAAAUGUUUGAAGAACCGGCAUAUCCAACAGGUCAUAUUAUGCUUAUUCUGUUAACAUACUUGAAAGAGGCUCACAAAGUGUUUGUUUCAGUACAAAUGAAAGCCAAAGAUGCACUAUGAUACGCCCUGCCUUGGUUAAAUGUACAUGCAGGUUUUUUUUUUAAACACUUCAUUGUUUGAAGAUCAAGUUUAUCAUGCUUUUACCAUUUUCAUUAAUGAAUUACCUUAUAACUGAGAAAGACAUUGCCUACUGAUUCCUUGUCCCAUUUGUUGAUGGUUCAAUCCAAGACACUUGAUAUGAAUAAUUAGUAAAGUAGUACAGUACUGCCGUACAUGAAGUAUCAAUAGUCAAAGCUACUGAAAAUUGGAAAUUUUGAUUUGACAUGGGCAUAAAACUAAUUGUGGCAAAGAAAUUAUAUAAAAGUUUUAUCUGAAUGUAGAAUAUCUUGUUUCAGCCUUUAAAAAAAUGUCAAAUGGCCUCUAAAUACACUGACUAGGUUGUGUUCAAACUUGUCAACUGAAAACGUCGGAUAGAGCCUUGUUAAAUUUUGUAAGGAUUCGGGAAUCAGAUAUUGAUAACAACUUUAUAUGAAGUGAAGCCCUAUUACCUCCGUUUUGAAGAUACAUACAGUGUAUAUUGAUGUAUGAACACCCUAACUGUACACAAUAUAAAUCAUACAAUUCAGACAGUUACCCGGUAUUUUAAAGUCAGGAAAUUUGAAAAUACCCAUUUCCAAAAGCAAAAUCAGGAAAUUUGACAUAAUCUUUUUUCCAGGAGCAAAACGUCAAAGUAUUUAUCAGUUCUAAUAAGUUAUGGAAUUUGUUUUUUAUUCUACAUUGUGGAAGAACAUUUACUUUUUUUUUUCAUUCAUUAGCAUCCUUGAGCUGACCCUAUAUAAACAUUGCAUGGGACAUUGAAAUUGGUUAAUCAGUUAGAUUGCACUUGGCAAAUGGUCAAGUCCUAGAAAAGUGUUGGACCGCAGUCCUUUUUGGCAAUUUGGCCUUGUAGUCUAAAAAGUCAAGAAAUUUUAGAUAUGUUAAAAUAUAUGAAACUUGCAUGUACAGGAUAUGAUACGAUUCACCCCAAACAACAUAGUUUACACACCUACAUGUAUUUGGGGAUACCGAUAUACAUAUAUUGGAAAGUGAUGUGAUUAAACGUUUUUGUUAACUAUCUUUUUUAAAUGUAUUUAAUGUACUGUCCUAAUAACAUAAAAACAAGGGAUACUGAAUGUAACACAAAUAUUACUGAAAAAGUUCAUCCGAUUGGCAUGUAGACAUGAGAAAACAUUCUUUUUUUUCCACAAUCACGAAAAUUUACCUUUUGGGGGUAAGCUUUUGCUUGCUAGGAAAGCUUGCCAGGCGAGGGCCUGACGAAGCUAGCAGCCUACAUGUAGCAAGCAAAAGCUUACCAAAACGGGUUACGUCUCAUGAUUGGAAAAAAGAAUGUUUUCUCAUCAUAACAAAUAUUAUUCGUGAAGUAUUAUUUAUUGUGUCACAAAUCUUUGAAUAAAUACUCAUUUUUACAUGUAAA